UGCAUGGAUCGAAGCGAGCGUGGAUGCAGAUCCCGUGAGGUUGACUCUAGCGUGACGGCUCUUUUCGCCGCGCAAUGCCUUGUUUGUUGUGCGUGGGCCGGGCGCCGCGAUUGGACGCCAGCACGCACAUGCAUCAGCACCCGAUCCUUGAAUUGUGCCACCAGCCUCCGGUCUGACUGCAGACCGCGAGACACGCCCACGGCAGCGACUGACCCCCAGCGGGGAGCCCAGCAGCGAGCAGACCGCACACCCCGCGGCCCACCGAGACUCGACGCCGCCACGGCCUGCCCGCCCACGCCCACGGCACCACCGGCACUCGCAGCAGGGCUAUGCGCCCAUGCCCUCCUCGCCGCUGCCGACUGACGCGGAGCCGAGGAAACAUGGGGCGCCCGGCAAGAAGAAGGCGGACACGAUGAACGGCAACGACUUUGCAAAGGCCAUCGGCAUCAACAAGCCCGCCAACGUGCGCGACAAGAUCAAGCGCUGGCAGCAGGACGGCGGCGAUGCUGCUGUUGAUGCCGCCACCGAGGGCGCCGCAGAGGGUGAGCCCGCAAAGCCGUCGACGCCCAAGGCCCUGGCUGAGAAACCGAACUGGAAGCCCGCCCACGCCCCCGCCAAGUCGGCCGACAAAGUCCCAGACAAGAGCCCCGCGAAGAGCGACAAGGGCGACAAGAAGACGCCCGUCCACAACGAGCUCGACGAGGACGUGCUGAGCGCCGUCGCCCCCAAGAAGCGCGUGGUCAGCGACUCGCACUGGCGCGCGAAGACGUCGCCGCCGAAGCCCGACGGCCGCCCGCCGCCCAAGACCAUCCCCAACGCCUGGGUGCGCCCGUCGCGCAUCGUGAAGAGGGACAGGCCGCCCGAGGAGCAGCCAAAGACGCCGACGACGCCGCAGACCCCGAAGACGCCGACCACACCGCAGACCCCCAAGAUACCGCCGUCGCCCAAGAUACCGCAGUCGCCGCAAAAGACCCCGCAGCCCCAGCUGCACACCCUCACCAACUACAUCGGCAAGAGCACCGGCCAGAAGAAGCCCCGCCAGCGCCGCCCGUCGAAGCCCACCAGCUCCAAGAGCGACGGCAAUGACGAGCGCCCGGUCAGCAGCGGGGGGAGCGCCGACCACGCCGGCGUCGAGGUCAUAUUGGAGCCCGAGUCGCCCAAGCAGCGCAGAGAAAAGACCGUGCACAGACCAGCCCGCAAGUCCGAGCCCGUCCCCGACCUGGCCGACCUCGCCAACCUCAUCACGGUCGAGUAUGAAGAGUCGAGCGUCGCCGCGAGCCCGAAGAUUGCCUCGCCGCGGGCAGACGACCUGCGCGAGAGACGACGACGGCGGCGCCCGAAGAGCCAGCCGGGGACCGACGAUGAGGGCUUGAGAGAGAGCGUCCGCCGCCACCGCAGGACGCGUACCAACACCAUCGACAUGGAGAAGGAGGAGGUCAUGCGGGAGAUGCGCGCGCAGCAGCCACGAGUGCUGUCGCCGCCGAACAACAAAGAGUUCGCCAACCGACUCGACGCCUGGCUCGACCGCACGCAGCAGAUGCAGGACGCAGACCUAGGACGCCCCCCGCGCCGCAGACGGCGGUCGAAGGAGUCGGCGCAGGAGUCGGUGUCGACGAUGGAUUUGUCGUCGACCAUGAGGACUGAUUUCUCGUCGACGAUGAGGACCGAGUCGUCGUUUGCCACGGCCUCUACUGAGAGUAGAGACGAGAAGGAAGCAUUCGAGCCGGCGCCUGAAGUAAAAGAAGUGGUAGAACCGGCACGCGAACCAACACGCGAACCAACACCCGAGCCAACACCCGAGCCAGCAGAAGAGAGGCCGCGAAGCAGUGGCAGCAGCGGGGGAGGAAGCCGGCGCAGACGCAGGCGUCGCAGCCACGAGCAGCGGAGGGCGUCUCGCGAGCUGAAGAUCGACACGAGCGUUGCGUCAGAAAACACAUCUGCCAUCUCCGACGACACCGCCACCCCCGUGCCUGAGCCCGAGAAGGCCGGGAAGGAAGAGCCAGAGACGCCGCUCUCCGCAACACCCACAUUGAAGCGCCGCGGCGCACGACGAAGCCAGCACCUGCGCUCCAAGAGCCGCUCCAUGUCCUCGCCGCUGCGUGAGAGCAUGUCGACUGAUGAGCUCGCCCAGGAAGAUGACGUGAGAUCCGACGACCCGAGAGUCGACCCCAGAGCUGUGUCUGUUGCCUCCUCUGCGCCCUCCUCCUCCGUCGACGCAGCCUCCGUCGACUUUGACCAGAUCUCGCUCAAGCCGCGUCCGCUCUCCGUCCAGCGCCACCUCCCAACGAGAGGCAAACGCCUAUCGACUAUCGCGUCCGUCACUGAGCCGCCCAGCCAAGCCCCCGCCUCAGGCGUCGCCGGCUCAGAGUUCAGUGACUCCAUCUUCAGCAACAGCACCAUGACUGCGUCCGAGGUCGGCUCCCAGUACGAGACAUCCACAAUCGUCAGCCGCAGGAGCACCAGGAAGAACAGGCUCGCCAGCCACGCAGACUUGAUAUCAGUACUGUCCAUGCCCAAGGCCGCGAAGAGCAUCGUGUCCGCGCGCAGCAUCCGCACCAACAGGAGCCGUCUGGCCACCGCCACGAUCCCCGACAUCAUGAACGAAUUCGCCACCGACGAGGCAAAAUAUAUGCGCGAGCUGCGCACCAUCGUCGACGGCGUCAUCCCCGUCUUGUUGAGUUGCGUGCUGUCCAAGACCGACUCCGCCGUCGCCGUCGGCCUCUUCUCGCGCUCUGCCAAGGGCGACCCCAGCGAGGUCACGAAGCCUAUCAUGGACAUGGGCGUUUGUCUUGAGAGAAUGAAGAACCUGCACAAGCGCGUGCCCUUGGACGACGCCGAGAAUCUCCUCUCCUGGGCGCAGAACGCACAACGCGUGUACGGCGACUACAUCAGCGCCUGGCGGCUCGGAUUUCAAGAUGUAGUCAUCAGCCUGGCCCCUGCCGAUGACGAUCCUUUCAAACCAGCGAGAGUUGUGACCGGUCCUGAAGACGGCGCGCCGUGGGACGAGGGCAUGCCACGCAAUGCCGAGGGGUAUGUUGUGAAUGGAGACGGCGAGCGUGUCGACGUGGCAUACAUGCUGAAGCGGCCGUUGGUACGACUAAAGUAUCUGGCAAAGACAUUGAGGGGCAUCAACCAUGUCAAGCCGUCCGAACGCGCAGACUCAAUAUCGGCGACCUUCCAAGACCUCGUCACAGCCGCGAGAAAGAGAUCGAACGACGAGCAGGCCCGACUCGAAGACGAGGCCGCCGCGAAUAUCGACGCCACCCGCGCCCGUGAUCCCAGAAGUCUCGCCCCACUAGCUGGCGUACGCCUCGAUGCACACCGCUGCGUGAGAGCUCGAGACUACUUCGACAUGUACCUGUACCACUCCAGCGGCCAAGAGCUGAGCUGCCGCGUCGAGCUUCUGCUCCGCGACAACGCGCCGGGCGCAGGACCGGGAGGAGACGUUCUGCUAUGUGAAGUCGACUCCACCGGACGCUGGCUGCUGCUCCCGCCCGUCCAGCAAAGCCGCAUCUCCGCCCGCAACGGCGACAUGAAGGGCGAGAUUAUUGUGAUGAUCCGAGGCGCCCAGGCGGACGGACAUGCAUGGAGCGAGGUCAUGUCCCUCACAGCCGACGACGAGCAGGCUGGGUUUGAGUGGGUGCAGAUGCUCGGACUGACGCCCAUUCCCCCGCCCAUCUCCGAAAUCAAGCGCGACCAGAUGGUGCCUGGACAGAUACCCAGACCUGCCAGCAGCCACGGCUCUUCGCUGCGAUCCAUGGAAACAACCUCAACCCGCGUCAAGAGCCGGACUCCCAGUCCGCACGAGAUUGAGAUUCCUCUCGGCGAACAGCACACCGAAGUCUCAAAGGUCUGGAACUACGACGCGCCUGAUAGGCAUUCGCGCACGGUGUCACCAAUUACGCCACCCAGCGACUCCCUUCGCCGUGACACCGCCUCCCCGCCCGAUCCAGAGACGCCACUAGGACUGCAGCGCACGAGGCGGAGUGAGGACCUGGACAGAACACCGCGAGGCAGCUUCGACGACGCGCGCUCCGACGGCACUGCAUCCUCCGGACUGAAGCGCACAAAGGCAAAGCGCCUCUCACGCGCGGUGACAGCAUCGCCUGUCUCAGCACAGCGGCCCUCGCGCCAAAUCACCCUCGACGACCCUAUUGAGUUUGUCAAAGCGCAGCCCAAGCUCGACAAGGAGCCGCGCCGCAAGUCGACGAAGCGCCGCGGGAAGAACUUCAGCGUGUGGAUGCCGACUGAGGGCGGCGAGGAGGAGUCCGAGAGCGAGUCUGAGGGAGAGUCGAUCUCGCCGCCGGGCUCCCCCCCGCGACCGUCAACACACCGCAGAGUCUCGUCGACGCCGUCGAUGGAGCUGCCGGCCAUUCCCCGACUGCGAAAGUCGAGCCAGCCCUCGACGCCCCUGCGAGAGGCUGCCGCAGAGCCGGUGACGUCGCCAGAAGACGUGCCGCCCCCUCCACCACCCCACCGAUCACCGAGUCCAGCCACCCCCGUCACGCUGAAGGGGUCCAAGACGCCCACGCUCACGCCGGCACUGCCAGGGUGGAAGACAAAGCGACGGUCGUCCUCGCCCCUCAAGCACGAGUACGAGCCGUCGACGUGUACCGAGUCGGACAGCGAGAGCGAGGAGGAUGUCGUGUCGGAGGACAUCAGCGACUCCGCCAGCCUGACCUCGGAUUCUUCCGACGACGAACUCGACGACGACGUCCCGACGCCGCUGAUGCCGCUCAACUACACCGGACCAGUGCGCACCCGCAGCUACGCCACGCGUCCGUCGUCAGCCGGAAAGGAUUCCGACUUCCAAAAGGUCUCCCCGCCGGCCUCCAUCUACGACCUGCCCGAAGAGGUCACCCCGUCGCAGUCCGCGUCGAACCAGCCGUACCGCGCCGUCCCAGCCUCCGCCAAGGCCGCCAAAGCAAUCGCGUCCAUCUUCUGCUGGUCGGACGCCGGCCGGUGGGACAGCCUGCACCCGGACGAGUGCAGCAUCGUGGUCACGCCUGGAAAGAUUGAGGUGUUUGAACUCACGGCGGCGCACUCGCAGCCGCUGGUGUCUGAUGGCGAUGAAAUUAUACAACCCGGCGGACGUGCUCCCCUUAUUGCGGUCGAGCUUACCCCCCUGGUCCCCCUGCGCAAGUCGACCGCCAUCGACAUCUCCAUCCGCUCGCCGCCGACCCCCGACUCGCGUAUCACCACUGGUGACAACAUCAUGCUGCGCAGCCGCAAUGCCAGUGAGUGCGCACAGCUGUACGCCCUGAUCAACCAAUCCCGCAUCAACAACCCGACCUACAUCGCCCUGCAGAACGCACGCGGACCGUACGGGCAGUCCAGCUGGGCAGAGGCUAUGGACCGCCGCAACGAGGCACGCACGAACACCUCGACCGGAACCGGGCUGUUUGGAGGCUCCCUCGGCCGGCGCAGCAGCUACCGCAAAUCCAGCACGCGCGCGGCCUCCAUCUCCGCCGCGACCUCCUCCUCGGUCGGCACCAUGGGCACCGCGAUGCGCACGGCCCUCUCCCGCUUCUCCUUCGGCCGCGGCGGCAUGUUCAGCGUCCGCGACUCGACCCUCGGCUCGCGCUCGCUCUCGUCGCUCGACAGCGCCGACAGCGCCAACCCGCCCACCGCGCCCCCCGCCGGCAUCACAAACACAAAGUGCCGCCUCUACGAACGCGAGUCCCUCAAGAAAUGGCGCGACCUCGGCUCCGCCCGCCUCACCAUCCUGCUCCCAACGCCCACCUCCACGCCCGCCCUCCAGCGCUCCCCCGGCCAGCCCCACGCCUCCCCCGAGCGCCGCAUUUUAGUUACUGCCAAGGGCGACGCGCACGUGCUGCUCGACGUGACACUAUCCGAGACGUGUUUUGAAAGGGUUGCGCGCAGCGGCAUCGCGGUCAGCGUGUGGGAGGACACGGUCGACGAGCACGGCGAGGUCGGGCGCGUCGCGAGCACGGGCGGUGUGAAUGGCGCCCGGGCGAGGGUGUUCAUGGUUCAGAUGAAGAGUGAGCGCGAGGCGGCGUGGUGUUUUUCGCUGCUGGGGAGGAUGAGGUAUUAGGCUGUGUGUGAAUCGAUGAGAAAGAGAGAUGGAGAGCAGGGGAGUAUGUUGUUUUUCGGGCUUGUGAUUUUUAGCGGGCGAGGCGUUGGGGUUGUGGGAUUUUGGGUGUGUGGGGGUGUGGGUUUGAGGGUGGAGGUGCUGUGUGUGUGCGUAUGUGUGUGUGUGUGUGUGUGGAAGAGAGGGAGAGAGAACGAUUGAGGACCGGAAGGCAGAAGUAAUACGGAUGGAUACCAGCAACAUGGCGUGCAGAGCAGAUAGAGCAGAUGUAUCAACGAACAUAUCAUAGCCUUUUGUUGAAAGGAAUGCGUUGCG